GAGGAGACGAAGAAGAAAAGAAGAAGUGAUCGGGUAGUUUUGUGGUUUUACUUCCAUCUCAGAGGAUGUCAGCAGAAGAAAAACACCUCCACCUGUACGGUGGAAUUGUUCAGGUAUGCUAGUAUGCCAACUUGAAGCUCACCGCUCUGUAAGAGUAAAGAUAGCUUGUAGUAUUGUUCUUUUUCAGUGUGUACAUUGUUAGCUGUGGCUAUGCUAACAGUUAACCUAUCCGACAAAGAGCAGGUUGUUCCUGUACUGAUGUCAAACAGACAGGUGAGCAGAACGAGGCUUCCUCGGCUGUGGUGUUAGGUCGCUGUCUGUGAUCACAUCAGCUGUGAGCUUAUAGGAUGCUGACGCUUUGUGUGCGUGCGUGUGUGUGUGUGUGUGUGUGUGUGUGUGUGUGUGUGUGUGUGUGUGUGCGUGCGUGCGCGUGCGUGCGUGUGCGCGCGUGUGUUUGCACGCAACGGAGUGCAGAGCUGAGGUCCAUGCUCAGGUGACAGCACCAGGUGUCACUGCAGGAGGAGAAACUGCGUGUGAGUGUGUGUGUGUGAGUGUGUGUUUGUUUGGGCAGUGAUGGGUCUCAGGAGGAAGGCGUCUAAGCUGCAGCCUGUAGGGGGCAGCAGUGGAGGGGAGGAGGUCCCGAAACAAAGUGAGCUCAAAGACUACAUCAACGAGCUGUCACAUGAAGUCCUCUGUCACAUCUUCAGGUACACAAUCUCUUUGUGUUUGUGUGUGUGUGUGUGUGUGUGCAUGCAAGUAUGUGUGGGUGUUUACACAAACCUUUAACAAAACAACUCUCACACAAGACUAUAGCAGCCUUGGCAUAUACAGCCUCAAGCCUAUGGCUACCAUAGUCUGUGGCAGUCUUAGCUUAAAGCAGCCUAGGCCUAUCAAUCCUAAGCCUUAAACAGUUUACACCUAUGGCAGUCUAAACCUGUAGUGGUUUAAAAUCAAAGCAGGCUAAGCCUAUGACAGUCUGUGCCUGUAGCAGCAUCUGUAAGAGCUAGUUUAAUGCUUUUGUAGCUCCAAUUACAAACAUGACCAGAAAGAGAUUUUUAGUUUCCACUUGUAGUAGAGGGUGUCUGCUCUCUUCUCUCUGGUCUUGACUGGUGAAGGAUUUUCAAGGGGAGAGGACCAGUAACUGAAGACGCUACUUCCACUACUACUUUUACAUUUAUUCCUUUCAAACGUAUCUUUCAAUUUCUCUGCAGACUUAACAUCAUCUGAUACAGUCUGAGUGUCUGCACCAUUAACAAUUGAAAGUCCUGAUUGACAGCUUGCAUGUUUUAUAUCAUGUCUUGGAUGUCAUCAUGUGACCCUACAUCAGCUAACUUUACAGAGAAUCACAUUUAUCUGGGCAAAAAGACAAAAAAAAGUUCAGUGGUAUUUUAUUUUAAAGGUGCCUGAAAGUGAUGAGGUUGUGUUGUUGAAAUAUUGCUUUAUUUUGAAAGAGCGUUUUAUUUUGAAGGUACCUGCCCAUGAAGGACAUCAUGUGCAUGGAGAGUCUAUCCAGGAAGUUGAGGGAGGCAGUAACUCUGUACCUGAGGGUGGUGAAGGUGGUGGAUCUGUGUGCAGGCCGAUGGUGGGAGUACAUGCCUUCAGGUAAACACACCUGUCACACAUGAUGUCACAUAUUAACACAGUACACAGACCACUUAGAACACCCUGAGACCCCGCCCCUUCUUAACCUCCACAGAAGUUUAUGAGUUUUAUGCCUGAGCAAAUUUUCUGGAACUUUGUGGAUGUCUUUUGGAGCUGAUUCUGCAGGGAUCAGAAUUUAAAGAGGGAGUUUUUGUCCCUCAGAGUAAUGAAUCUCUGAUCACUGUUUCAUGAUACAUGUUUUAAAUGUGUAAUCUUUCUGUGUUUGUGUCCCAGGUUUCACAGACAGCAGCUUUCUGCUCCUCCUGAAAAAGAUGCCAGAUCUGGAGCAGCUGUACGGCCUCCACCCUCGAUACCUGGAGAGAAGACGAGUCAGAGGAUACGAGGCCUUCAGCAUCCCUGGAGUCCUGGAGGCUCUGCAGGCCUGUCCCAAGCUGCUGGUUAGGAAACAUCUGAACAACUUGUAAAGCAAACUCCUAAAAAACAAACAGCACAUGUUUUCUUUACCAUUAAACUGUCCGCAGAUCAGACUCCUCUCCGUCAACUCACCUGAUUAGAAGCUUCUUUUAAUGUUUAGAUCCUCACAGCAAAGUGGUCCAUACUCAGGAUUCAGAGUCAUGUAUCUUACCCUGUAUGAAGGUUAUAAAGGUGUGAGUGUUCCUGUUUCAGGGUGUGGAGACAUCUCACCUGGAGCUGGUGGAGGCCAUCUGGAACUACAUGCCUCAGGUCCACAUCCUGGGAAAGUUCAGAAACCGCAACGGAGCAUUUCCAAUCCCUGCUGAGAACAAACUGACUAUCCCCAUCACAGCCAAGAUCCAGACGCUGCACCUCGUAGGUGAGAGGCUGAACCGGUUGUUGUAAUAGAUUGAUAGAGAGUUUAUUUCUCAUAUCUUUAACCAUAGAUGAUUGUGAACACUGUGUGAAGGAUAGUAUAAGUGAGCACGGCCCAGUCAGGAUGAGCAGGAACAUUCAUGUUAGGCUCCUGCUCAUUUCUACUCAGACUUCUUUCUGACCAGAGUGUGCUGCCUGUUUACCUACCAGUCUGUCAACUUCCAAUUUUGUAAACUACCUUUUCUGAGAACAAACCAGCCUGUAAACUUGUUUUUGUGUUGCUUAUGAGUAAUUUAACAAAUAAUCCAAUUAACUCAGCUGUCUGUAUACUAACCAGUCCUUCAACUAAUCAGCCUGUUGACUAACUAGUCACUCAACUAACAAUUUUAUAAACUAACCAGUCUGUAAACAUUUUAGGUUUUUACAUGUCAACUACAUUUCUGUCUUUUAUUUGACAAAAUGUAAUCUAUCUGUUUAGUUUUGUACACCCGAGUAUCUAUACCUUUGUGUGUGUUUUAGGCGUAAAUGUCCCGGAGAUCCCGUGUGUGUCCAUGCUGCGUCACUUGUACCUAAAGUGGGUGCGUUUGACAAAGCCCCAGCCAUUUAAGGACUUCCUGUGUGUGAGUCUGAGGUCGUUUGUGAUGAGGAACUGUGCAGGGCCAUCAAACUCUCUGAAGUACGUCCCUCUAGUCACCGGGCUCGCCUCCGCCCGCAACCUGGAGCAGCUGGAGCUGGUCCGGGUCCCGUUCCUGGGGGGUUUGAUCCAGCACGUGGUGGAGGACAGCUGGAGGUCAGGUGAGCUGCAGGUGUUUGAUGUCUUUCAGUGAGUGGUUAUCAGGAUACUCUGGUUAUCAGAACUGACAGAUAAUCGGUUAAUUUACAAGAGGUCAUUGUUUGAAAGGUGACUAAUUAUUAUAAUAAACAUUUUAACUUUAAACCUUUAAAAUGGGACUCCAUGAUAAUCUGUUUUUACUAUGUGUGUGUAGGAGGAUUCAGAAACCUGCACACCAUCGUGUUUGGAGCCUGUAAGAACGCCCUGGAGGUCGACCUGGGCUACCUGAUCAUCACGGCUGCUCGCAGGUUCAGACAUUUAAACAAACAUCACUGAACUGUCCUCAGGUUUCAGAUUUUCAUCAUCGUAACAUCAACAACAACAGAGAGGGAACAUUCCUGCUAGUUCUUACUGUUCUGAGCUACUGUAGAAAACAUGACAUGACAAUUUGUCAUCAUCUGGAGUGAGGGAAAUGAUUUCGAAAUAACAUCCAAUUUAAACUAAUUUAAGCACGUUUCUGCAUAAUACAUUCACUCUCUUUGGAGAAAUGCUGAUAAAUAAAAGUGGACCUUUUCACUGUUCAUGUAAAAACAUUGAUUGGUGUACUUCUGUGCGGGCGUCGGCCUAUUUUUAUACGAUUCAACAUAAUCUCCAUCAUUUUCUCACCACUCCCUCCACGUCUCUCUCUUUCAAUGGGAAACAGUGAGCUUUAUUGACACGUCUGCGUCAGGACAAUGUUUCCACAUAUGAAACAAUAAUCGCUAUAGUAUUCAAUAACAACUGUAAUGAAAUAAUAAUCCCCUUCUCUCUCUCUUUUCAGACUUCAUGAGCUGAGGGUUCAGCCCUCUCUCACCAAAGAUGGGGUCUUCUCAGCUCUUAAAAUGGCUGAACUUGAGUUUCCUCAGUUUGAGACGCUUCAUCUUGGAUAUGUUGAUGAGUUUCUGCUACAGUGUGAGUUUAUUAUCAUUACACAAAAUGAUUUUACAUGAUUAUCCAACAUGAGUAUCUUGUUUGACAUUUUAAUGCAGUAACAAAAAGCUCUGAUCACCGUUGUAGUAGACACUAUGCCCUUACAGACUCAGAGGAGGAAAAACUGCUCCACUGACUUAUUAUUGUAAUUCGGUUUUCUGCCUGUAGGCGUCAGUAAAGAUGCAAGCUGACAGAAUUGUGAGUGUGAUGCCCAAUUCCAAACCAAGCCCUACACACUCAGCCUUCACUACCAAGUGUCACUCGUAAUGAAGUUACACUCGCAGCUGUGGAGUGCGACUCAAUUGAAAUUGGAGGGUAUAAACAAGACGGGCGGCUAUGGGACGCCCUCCUCACUCCACCAGAAAAUGAAAAGAUUCAUCACCAUAGCAACACAAAGAUGCAUCCUGUGCAAGGCAGCAUUUAUUUUUUUAGUAAACGGACAUCAUGUUCAGUUCUGAGCCGCUCCGGCUGCCUUGUUUCUUCUUUCUCCCAGUAAAAUCAUAAAUCCAACAACCAUCACAGUGACAGGAGCUAAAUUAUACUUCCGUGUACCUUUAUUUGUUAUUACAUCAUGUAUUUGUCAUUGUGUAAAAUAUCCCAAAUAUCCAAUACCAUUUUCAACGCUCCUUCUAUGUUUAUUUCUGUCUUUAAAGCCAGCACAGACCUACAGUCCUGUGAGUCAGUGUGGUGUAAAUCUCUCUUAAAGUCGUACCGAUUUGCUCGUGGGAGACUGUGACCAUGACUUGCUCAUGCGCUGAUUUGCUCAUGCAUGCUGUGCUCUAUUUAAUCAGUUAUUCCGCUCUCUGUGAUGAUGUCUAACUUACCUGUCCCUGCAGGUAAGAUGAGUCAUUCUGAGCUGGUCAAGUACGGUCUGGCUGAUGUCAUCGAGAACCCAGGGAUCAUCACCGACAUCGGCAUCAAGGUGGUCAAUGAGGUGUUCACCAACAUCAAAUAUCUGCUCAUCUACAACUGUCCCCACCUGCACAACCCCCACCAGUGGAUCACAGGUAACACUCCUGUUCUCACAGACUGGUCAGGAUAAUGUAGUUUUUGAUAUGAAACCAAAAGAGGAGGCGUCUGUUUUUAAAAUCUCUAUAUGUGUUUGUUUUCAGAUCAGUCCAGGUGGAGCCGUCUGGUCGAUCUCACUCUGGUUAGGUGUCACGCCAUCAAGCUGGAAUCUUUCUCCCAGUUCAUAGAGUCGCUGCCCAGUCUAGAGUUCAUCUGUCUGGACCAGAUGUUCAGAGAACCACCCAAGGUAUACACAAACACAAACUUUUGGUGUGUUUUUACACCUGGAUCAUUUAGAGACGUUAUUCUUCAACACAACAGUAAGCAGUCUCAGUGCAUUUGGCAUGAAGGUCUUUGCCCAGAUAUUACAUUUGGGCAUUUGCUGCUGGGCUCUGUAUUAGAUCUACUUUUGUUUGCCAUUUGUGCAAAUAAUUUGGAGCAAAAUUGUAUCAGAUGCUAUGGUCCAGUUGUACACUGAUAUCACAGUUCUAAGCUGUUGAAUCCUUGAAUCAAAAAUGUGCAUGUGCGUGUGUGUCUGUGUGUAUUAGGGCUGUGCCAGGGUGGGUCUGAGUGCAGGUACAGGUAUCGGUGUGUCGUCAGCCCUGGUCAGCAACCAAAACUCCAACAACGACAAUGACAACAACAACAACCACCACCACAACGAGGCCAAUCUUCCUCCUGCUGCUCCACCUGGCGGCAACAACAACAACAACAAUGUCAACAACAACAACAUCAACAACAACAACAGGCAGAGACAGCAGCAGCGAGGUGAGUGACCUGGACUCUGCAGAUCUGAACCACAAGUGGGUUUAAUUCAGUGUUAACAGUGUUUAUCUGCCAAAGCAGCUAUGAGGCUCCAACACAGACUGAAACCUGCAGUGUUUACUGGGGAUGUACAGUAUCAGAUAAAGACAAACAGAUUUUUUCAGACAUGAUACCCCUAUACACACACACACACCUUUUUUCAUCAUAAAAAAUGCAGUUUCUCCUGUAACAGGAUAAACCUGUGAGUAUUGUGAGUCUAUUUGUUGGAAAUAAAAAAAAAAAAAAAAGACAAGAAAACAUUAGUUUUUUAUCAGAAAUUACCAUCACAUCCCUUUUCAAAUGUAGAAGUUCAGGAAUAACUCAACUGUUUGUUUCCAACACUUAAAGGGAUAUUCCAGCGUAAAAUUAAUUUAGGGUCAAACACAACGUAACACCGAAUUAGACACCCCCUUGAGAGAUGAAUGUUACUGACUGCUUGCUUCUCUAGUUAUACCAACUUUAGUAACAGCUGCAUGAUAGCAUUACACAACAGUCUGAGGAGCCAUAAACAAACCUCAACCAAAAAACCACUCUAUAGCUACAAAUAAUGCUCAGAACAGCACCUAACUUCAACAGUACGUGUAGGGUCCCAGCCAUUGUACUAGCCACCAAACGUCUUUUUAACUUUGCCUGAUUUCUUAAGCAAAGAGACUAAACAAAACUCACCCACUCUCUUCCAGCAGCCACUUGUUUGUAGCGAGACCUCAGGCCAGUCCAUUACAGACUACAGCGGAGUUUCGCAGCUCAAAGAAGAACAUUUAUGAUCAUCACUUUAUCAUUUCCUUGAAGUAAUAAUCACCAUAUUAAUCGUUUUGCACUGCAGAUACGGUAGUUCUUCUGCCUUAGCAUCUUGGUCUGAUUGUAUUUCCAUGAAGAAAUUAAUUUUACACCGGAAUAUCCCUUUAGAAUUACUUCCAUAUGGUCAGCAUGGGUAAGCAGUCAUGACCUUUUCAGAUGAUGAUAACAGCUGAAAGUUCCUAUCUGCAAGUUCCAACGUAUCUGACGUAUCUGCACGUCAUCUCAUCCUGACUUCACACGGACUUUUGCAGAGGGAGAAACAGAUCCAGGUUUUUUGUGUUUGCACAUGCAGCUCACCUGGAUAAAGUCUGGAAAGGUUUAGGAGUACAGAGUAUGUUUAAGAGAGGAGCUAAAGAGUGGCUAAAGAGUGUUUUUUUUUUUUUUCAGUGGAGGUGAAUGGGAUGGAUGAAGAUGAAGAGGAGGAGGACGAGGAGGAGGAGGUGAUGUUGGAGGAAGAGAACAUGGAGGCGGAGCUUCAGAGGGAGCAGAGAGGAGCAAACCAGGAGGAGAGAGAGGAGACGGCUGACAAGUCGGCAGGUCCGAGUCACAGUGCAGAGACUCCAAGAGUACCUGAUGAGGAGAGAGCAGGUACACACACACACACACACACACACACACACACACACACACACACUGAUGAUUCAUUGGGCCUGGCAGUGUGAGGUAUGUAGCCCCAUCUGUGGAGAACUGCUGCAUACCUCGCAUCUUGUUUCUACCGUCAGUUUCUCAUAGUGCUGGGCGAUAAACUGAAUUGCAUCUUUAAUACAUGUGCUAGUAACAUGUAGUGCACACAACCCCAUUUCAAAAGUACAAAAAUAUCCUUUUUUUUUUCUUUCUUUGCAAACUUCUCCUGCAGGUCCAAGUGGUUUGGUCCAACAGAGCAGAUCCUCCCAGGAUGCUGUCCCCAGACCUGCCCUCACUCUGUCGGACUCAGACAGUGAGGAAGAGGAGGGACUGGUGUCAAGGCUGAUCCCGGCUUCUUGUUCACGGCAGACGACUUCCUGCACAGAAGGUUUAAAAAAAUAAUCUGCUGCAUGAGAAAAUAUCAAAUUUAGCGUGAUAUUUCAACACGUCACAUGAUACCUCGGAGUAAUCCUGCGCAGGUCGGCAGGGGUUUCUGAGUUUGUGUGUGUGUAUAUGAACAAAUGGAGUGACAGGUUUUUGUCUUACAGGAAAGGGAAAAACUCCUCUGCGGCGGUCCAGCACUGCUCCAACAUCUGUAGCUACAGGGAACCCUGGACCUGCAGGGAACUCUGGACUUAAUGGGAACUCUGGAUCUGCAGGGGGCUCUGGGCCCUCAGGGAGCUCUGGGACUGCUGGGAGCUUUGGACGUGGAGGGGGCACUGGAACUGCUAGGGGAUCUGGACCUGUAGGGGGCACUGGACCUGCUAGGGGCUCUGGGCCUGCAGGAGGUUCAGGAUCUGGAGGGGCAGGCCAGGUGAAGGCCCAGGUGUGUGAAGGCAGCUGUGAGAAGAGCUGUCAGGUGAGCAGUGAGCAGAUCAAAGCAGACAUGAAGGCUGCUGCUGAGACCAGCAGGAGGACUAGUUCUAAGGGGGUCAGUACUGAACCUGCAGAGACCCCCUCCAGACCUGUGGUAGACUCUGGGACAGCAAGGAGUUUUGGAAGUUCUGGGACAGCAGCCAGGACUGGACUGAGACCAGUACCUGGAUCUGCAGACAGGACUGGACCUGGUGCAGCAUCAUGCAGGCAGGUGGGGGGGUUUGGGAGAAUGGUUGCAGGUACUAACCACAGGGGGACCACAGACAGAUCCACAGGGACCAGGUCUACAGGGACCAGGUGUUCAGUAGGCUCAGAUGGACCCACUGCAUCAGAGGAAGGGCAGAGACCAGGUUCUACUGCUCCAGACAGUCCUGAACCCAGAGGGGGUCCCAGGAGACCAGGGGACAGACCACUCGCCGGGGUUGGUCCACAGCAGGGAUCAGGUCCUCACAGAGAUCAGGACUUUGUCCCCAGGCGACCUUUGACUCGAUCAUGCAGCAGGAUGUCCUCAGUGAGUCUGGUACCUGAGACAGGUGAGUGUGUUCAGCUGCAGAGGGAGGGAGGGGCCUGUUAGCUCUGAGGUUAGCCUUCGAGAGGAAGCUGUUAGCAAGUGUUAGCACUAGCAUGUCUGUCAUCACUGUCAGUUUGUUAGCAGUAUAAGAGUAUAAGAUAGUAUGGAGUAUAAGAGACCACAUUAGCUUUCAAGUGUAUUAAAUGGUAACCAUGUAUAUCAAGACCUUUAGAGCUCCCCCUGCUGUUGGGCUGCAGUAUAGGUCUUAAGCUAUAAGCCCCGCCCCCCUCACGUCAACAAAGAAUCUGGUCAAGAUCACCAGCAGAUCCUUCAGACUCCAAGUAGUUGUCACAUGAAACUGUGCUGGAUCUGUUUAUGGUUUUAUGUUUUUAGUUUUCUGUGUUUGGUCUAAAUCAAUAAAGGUUGAUCACAUUCAAACAGAGGGUAGAUGCAAAGCUAUAAAGUUAGAAUAAACAUGUUUCUGUCACUGUAGGUGGUUUUUCAUGUGCUGAAUCACGUCCAUGAGUUCAUUCUUCAGAAAAGUUUAGUUGUGUUUAGUUAUUUAAUUCUAAGAGGAGCAGAUGUGCUAAUGCCCACAUUUGUCGACAGCUUGUUCUGCUCUGGGCUGCACUCACCUGAGGGACCGUCAGCAUUUUUUAGUGGAGUUUGAUGCACAUUUUGUGUUGUGUCACAGAUGGGACACGAGUCCUGAAACCGUACUAGCCAGGUUGCUUCGGUGAAAGCCCUUGUUUCACCAGUGUGAAUGUCAGUGCCUGUGGAGAUGUUGUUUUUUGCUUCAAAGCUCACAAUGAAGUGAGGUCCAUCCUGUAGACAGUCACAUGUGGUUUGCUCUCACAUGCAGAAAUAUGACAUUGUCAUUUAGCAGACGUGUUUAUCCGUAGAAAUGCUUUAAUUCCAAACACUUGGGCAGCUUGGCUCUUUAAAACAUUCAAACCAUUGUUUCAAAUGGUGUAGAUCUACAAUUAGUCAUUUUGUUAUGGUGUUGUAGGUUGAUAGUUUGUGUGGCAGAUCAUUAUUUUCAGCAGUGCAGGUCUUUGAUUGGUUAUUUGCUCACUCUUACACUAUUAAACCUUAAUGCAAAACCAAAAUCAGUUUGAUUUCUGGAUUUCAUAACACAUUAUUAUUCCCACAACUUUAUCCAGAACUCUUUUAAUGUAACAUCAUUUUCAAAACUUUUUCAUAUGGAAGAAUGCAUUACCAAUACUCUGUACAGCGUGUUUUGGGCACUUUAAGUCAAGGAAUGUCUCUGUUUGAAGUUAUUAACAAUUAUAUGAUCCUGUAACACACUGAGAGGAAUUUAUAAUCGUAUUUUGUGGCUGUAAGUUAAGCAUCUGACAAAAAUACUUGACAAAAAUGAUCAUAAUAAUUCAUUACACUUCAAAACAUUUUAUUAAACUUAUUCAAAGGUUUUUAAACACUCUCUGGCAUACUGAAGUUGAAGCCGAUUUAAGAGUCAUACAGAUGACACAGUGAAUGGCUCUCUCCAGGCUCAUGAAUAACUGGAUAAUGUUGUAGGAGUUAUAAUAUAUUAUGAAACUCGAAAGACACUGUUAGUUCUACAUCAAACUAAAAAGCAUUAUAAAUCACACCUUUUGUAAAGCAUUAUGUUCAGUGCGUCUACCACUCUUUUAAACAACCUUGUAAAUCCAUUUGUAAGGCUUCAUGAAUGUGCUAAUGACACGUCAUAAUUGGUUGGUUUCUACAAAGUUAUUUCAUCUGUGGUGUAGAUCUUUGAUUGGUGAUGUUAUUCCUGUGGUGUAGAUCUCUGCAGGUCCAGGCCUCGAGUGGCUGUGAGGAGGAAACGAAUGUCAGACAAAUCAACGAGCACGUCAGACCCAGUUACCGAGGAUGACCAUGUACAGGUACACUCACCUGCCAGAAUCUGACACAGUUUGUAUCUCUGUGUUUUUGUAAAUGUCACUGUCUACCUGACGUUGUUUGUUUUGGUGCAGGUUCUGUCUCUGAAGAGUAAGAACCUGGUGGGCAUCACUCUGACCAACUGCGGGAUCACUGACCUGGUGCUCAGAGACUGUCCUAAGAUGAUGUUCAUUCACGGUAAACACACACUUCAUUCACAGGUUUACUUUAACACAGUUAGUAUGUGUCUCUGCCAGCUUCAGCUGAAUAGAGGCGCACUGACAUGACAGCAGCAGGUGACAAUUUACACAGCCUGUGCUUCCCACACGUAGUUGAAAACUGGAUGGUCAAAAAAAAACUUUUUAAUUUCUUUUUAUAGAUACAGGAUUGACACCUAUUGAUUAACUAGUAGAGCCAAUCUAAAGAUUUGUUUCCAAUGAUGUAAACUUUAAGGUUCUGAUGUUUUAGUGAGAAUUUUUUCACCUUAAAGGUAAGACUAGAUCCUGGUUAAGUUUAAAGUUAUUUACAAGGCAUUUAAACUCUUCAUGUCAAAAACUGUUAGGAGGGGUGAGAAGGAGUUAAGAGGCUCUCGUGUACUUUUUUUGUUGUAAUGUCUUAUGUUGCUUAUGUGCCAAGGUUUUUUUUUUUUUUUUUUUAACAUAUACCACCUGUCCUCCUUUUUCCCAUCUAAGAAAACAGAGCGCCUCCUUUGUGACAAUUUGUCAGUUCUUCCUGCUCCUUUCCCCACUUGUAUGCUCUGUACUUGUGACAUGUGCAAUUACAAAUUAAUCCAAUCUGAAUCUGAGUCUGAAGAAUAUUCAAGCGGAGGAGAAAAUAGCAAAAAGACAGUGAAAUCAGAGAAGUGCACUCCAAACUACAGUACGUCUACGCAGAGGUUGUUAUUAAAGACAGAACAAGAUAAGGAGAGAGAUAAGGAGUAGAAUAAUGUAGACGAUAAGAAGUUUAACAAAUCAAUAAAACAGUAAAACCAUCUGUAAAAUGUUCAUAAAUGACAAGAGGUGUUACAAUGCAGUCAGACUUUUAAAGGAAGGCAGAAAAACUGACAGUCUGAACAGAAGCAUGCAGAGCGAGGGCAGAUCACACAUACUUCCUCAAGACUAGAUAAAUUGUUCUGCCAGCUCAGAUAGACCAAGGUUUGAUCGACCUGCGUGUACCACCAAAGUCGUUAUUGUAGAUCCAUUUUUGAACUGUUUUGAUUUACUCCUCUAACUUUACUAUCUAUAGGGAGUAGAGAGGUUUACAUCGUUUUGAAUAGUGUGUGUUUGUGUGUGUGUGUUAAGCCACUAGGUGUCGUGUGUUGAAGCAGCUGAGAGUGGACAGCGCCCCCAUCGUGAACAGGUUUGACUUUGCUCAGUGUAAGAAGCUUGACAUGGAGCAGGUGCUGGAUCAGAUCCUCAGGAUGCCACCUGAGAGGAACCGCAUCAUCUACAUGCGCCCCAUGCACCAGGUGAGCCACCUGUGAGGUCACUUGUUGUCGUGGAAACUAGUAAAAACAUGAGUAGAUUGACAUCACUAUGUGGUUGACCUGUUUACCUGCCUAACGCCUACCUGUAUUUCCCUCUGUGUCUCUGUCCAUGUCCUCAGGUAGACUCUGUGUCUCUGGAGCGGUUGUUGUUUCAGGGUCCUUAUCCAUACCACAUAGCAUUAGUCCAUGAGUUCAGUAACCCCCCAAACAUCAGGAACAAGGUCCGGAUCCGCAGCUGGAUGGACACCAUCGCCAACAUCAGCCAGUAAGACCCCCCCCCCCACACACACGCACGCACAAACACACCCACAGCCUGUUUGAUCAGAUACAGAUUGAUUAAUAUUGAUCGUUAAUGUUAGUUUGUUUACCUGUAUUCCAUCCUUAAAUCUAAGAUCACCCCUUCAUGUGUGUUUUUCCUCAGAGAGCUCAUUAAGUACGAGUUUUUCCCAGAAGCCACUAGGACAGAGGAGGAUGUGAAGAAAUUUCCCAAAUACCCCUGGGGCAGAGACAUCUACACACUGGAGGGUAACACUCCUCACACACAUACACACACACGUGCACACACACAGACAUUCAUUAUAACAACAAUAAAUACGCUGUUAUUACUACUUCUUAUCAUCAUCAUGAUAAUAGUAGUGGUAAUGAAAAUAAUAAAUGUUUGAGUUGAGGUUUGUUGGUUGGUUGGAUUAUUCAAAUGGUUAGUGAAAAGUACAGUCCUAAUUUCAAAUGGUAGGGAUGCUGUGUGCAAGUAAUGCAAAAAUAACAAAUCAAAUGUUGAAACUGAAAAAUGUUAUUUUAAAGAAAAAAUAUGUUCAUUUUAGAUUUGAUGCUAGCUAGAUGUUUGUUUUGUUUGGUUUAUUUGUGCCGUGUCGUUGGAAUCAGGACUGCCGUCAGACCAGUUUAGCAUCAGGACUCUUCUACUACAGUUCCAUGCUGUUGUAAUCCCUGCAGAAUGUCUCGGAUGUUUCAGUAUCAUUUUGAUAACUCGUUUCCUCUGGUCCAGUUUUGUGGACCUCAUUUGUGGAUGUAGUGAUUAACUGUGUUCACAGACAAUGGUUUUUGGAAGUAAUUUUGAGCCCAUGCAGGAACAUUUCUCUGAAAUUAUUGAACUGUUUGCUCAUGCAGUCUCUCACAGAGUGGUAACCCCCUUCUCAUUUUUCCUCCUGAGAGCACAGCCUCUCUGAAUGUCCUUUUUAUACCCAGUCAUGUAACUAAACCGUUAGAAAUUAACUCAAUCAGUCUGAGAUGUUCCUCCAGCUGUUUUUUAAGAAUUGCACAUCUUUUUUUACCUGUUUGUUUGCUCCUUUAAUAACUUAAAUUUAAAAUUAAAAUUUCAUAAAAACCAAGAAUUUCUCAGUUUCAACAUAAGAUAUGUUGUCUUUGCUUAAUGGCAAACAAUUCUAGGAUUACAAUGAUUUGCAAACCAUCAAAUUCAGUUUUUGUCAAGAUUUUGUACAGCAUCCCUUUUCUUAUGAACAUGGUCUUGUACUUGUUUGGAGUGUCAUUAUCAGUUUACAAGAUUACUGUGUUUACUCUGCUGUCAGUAUACGGACACUAACAUCCACAAAGACUAAUAUUCUCUGUUUCAUUUGUGAUUGACCUGUGUGAUGUGGUUCAGGUGUGGUGGAUGGCGCCCCCUACAGCAUGAUCACAGACUUCCCCUGGCUGAGGACUCUGAGAGCUGCUGAGCCCAACAGCUACGCCCGCUACGACUUCGAGGACGAUGAAAGCAGUGAGUGUGGUUAAAGUGUCAGUCAGUGAUACAUCAGUACAGCCACACUUCAGGACAUUCAGUCAAAUACCAAUGAAUGAGUGUGAUCAGUCUGUGAGGUGUGUCAGUGAUUGGUCAGACUCUGACGUGUUGCUCUGUGUGUCCCUCCUCAGCCACCAUCUAUGCUCCGCGGCGUAAAGGUCAGCUGUCUGCUGACAUCUGCAUGGAGACAAUUGGGGAGGAGAUCUCAGAGCGCAGACAGAGCAAGAGUGGAGUGUUUCAGAGGGUUGUGGUGGUCUUCCUCCAUCACUGUGACACACCUGGAGAACCUGUGGAUGAUGACUACAUAUAGACGCCAAAUCAUCAGUCAGCACACCUGCGUACCCAUACUUAGUCCUCUGCGUGAAUCACCUGAAGAACCUUAAAACAGACAGACUGACAUGUGGUCUGAUUUCCAAUGGAGUCCAGACCUAGAAAAAGACCUACAUCUGGUGUGGUCCUGGUCCAGAUGAAAUCUCUCAAGUGUCCUUCAUGUUAAGACGCUGCAGUGAUGAAAAGGGGGAGGAGCUUAUCCCUGUGACAUCACUUUAUUUUUUGAAGAUUAUAAUAUCAACUCCUCACCAGACCUGAGCACUCUACCCUCAUAGUUCUCCUUCCUCUCCACCUCCUCCUGUCAUCAUCUUGUCUCUGUCCCUACCUUCCUCUCUUCCUCCUGCUCCCCAACCCCCCCUCCUCUUGUCCUACCCCUUGUCUUCAUCCUCUGUGGUCUCCUCAGUCUUCCUCAAUCUAAGAGUCAGUGAAGACAGUAGAGGUCGUCUCCCUGAUCAUAAAGUUUCUCUGAAUGUUUCCUUUGAUUAUUUUGAUCAUGCUGUUUCUGUUUCUCACUCAGAUUACAGGAUGUGUUUAAACAUUAAAUCCGAGUCCUGAGAUUAAACAGCAGAAAUCAGACAGUGUUUUGUCUUUUGGAUUUAUUAAAGUCUGAUUUAUUUCUGAUUUAUUAAAGGCAAAUUAAUGACAGAGGAGAAUUUCCGUCACUCAGUCUGGGAUAAGAGAUAGCAGAGGAUAAUGAGACAGAUAUAUAAUUUUCAACCCAGAAGCCUUUCAUAAAUCUGUCAAAAUUCAGAUUUCAGGUGUCUGAAUUUCAAAAUGCUUCACAGAUUUCUGCUCUGAGUGGGAUUAUGUCCUCUGAAGAAUCUGAGUUUUUGCUUCUGUCUGCAGAUUAUUGAGUUUAAUCUGAUCUCAGGUCACCAGAAACAGAUUCAUAAAAACAGUGAAUGUUGAGUUUGGUUUCAUAAACUGAACCUGAUGUGUUUGUGUGCAGAAGUGAUGGAUGAUAUAAUCCAUCGUGUUUAUAUGUUUAUAAGGAGUCAGAGAAUAAAAAUCAGAAAUCUUUCUGUC